AUGUUAUCAUCAAUAGAAUACUAAAGAUUUACUCAAACUCAACUAUCUGAAGAUCAAUCAAAUUUUGAUACGAGUAUAAAUUUUGAAUCUCAUUAAAGCAAAAUUAAUUCAUAGAGUAUUAGAAAUGUCUAAAUUAGAGAAGUUUACUUGUACUAUUUAAAAUCUUAGAUUGAAUACUCAAAAUUAGUUAUAACUAAAUUCUUUAUACUCAAACAAGCAUUUUAAACUUAACCAUGAAUAUAUCUAAUUUCCACUUUUAAAAUCUUAAAUUAUUUCAAGAACACUCUCAAAUCAUAAACUAAUUAUGAAAUAAACAAAUAAAUUACAUAAAAGUCAUAGUUAAAUCGAAGCUCUGUAAUUCCCAAGUAAAUUUACUAAAAUUCGAAGAAAAAGUGGUUGUGAAAUCCUUAGUGACAAAUAAGUAUCUUAAAUUUCAUAUUUCAAGGUUAGACUUGCAACUCUUUAUCCAAAUACAUAUAUAGCAUUUCAUUAGUUAUAAAAAUAAAACAAAAGAAAUGAAAUGAGAAAGAAAACUAUAUUUAAAAGAAUGUCAAGUAUUUUAAUUAAACAUUCAAAUAAUAUUAAAUCUUAAACUAGUAAUAGACUAUCCUAAUAGAUUAUUUAAGAUGAAAUUCCUACCAAAUUGGAUGAAUAAUCAUCUAAAAUAAUUCUAAAGUAAUUCUAAUAAUAAAUUGGAUGCUUUAAAGAAAUUUAAGAUUUAUUUUCAAAUAUGGAGAUUCACAAAAACUACAAUUAUUAUAAGAAAAACUAAAAAAAUAUUCUUAGUCUCUAAAUAAUUCUCCUGUUGUUAACAGAAAUAUCAAAAAAUAAUCAACAGAAAGAAAUUUUGAGUAAUAAAAAGUUGUAUUAGAUGUAAGUAAGAAAAAACGAAAAACAUUUACCUCUAUUCAAAAUUAUAUUAAUGGACAUUCAUAAAUUAACUAAGCUAAAUCAGUUGGUUUUAUAUAGAAAUAAAUUCAUUUUCAAUAUCAAAAUUUACAAAGCCUUACAGAAACAGAAACUUCAUCGCCUAUCAAAAUAACCCAAACUGUUCUUAAUUUUACUCAUAUCAAAUCUCUAUCAAAUUUGCCUGAUAUAAAAGAAGCAUAAACUAAUAGAUAAAAUAAUAAUAGACUCUAUUAGAUAGCUUAAAAAGCCAAAAAUGUGUAUAUAUUUAGUCCUUUAAAAACGAAAUAAGUUUUAAAUAAAAUAGAGUAGUGAUUGUUCUUUAUACUAAUUAACAUUUUUUGAUAUCUCAUAAUUUUAUUAUUACAAUAUUUUAAGACUUUCUAUUAAUAUUGGUUUAUGUUUAUAAAAUAGUUGA